AGUAUUGAGUGUUGAAAUAAUCCUCCAGACUUCGUGUAGUUUCAGGCGCGGGUGCGACACUUCCUGUUCAAAAUAAAGGGGAAGUCCUUAAAAAAAACAACAACAACAGAGAGACGAACUUUCACAUCAAGAUUCUGUGUGGCCUGUACUUCUCUGAAGAUAUCAUCAUUACAGAUGUGCAUCACCAAUAAAUCCACAUAGAAAUCAUAAAUCAAACAUGAUGCUCCAGUUAACUCCAGAACCUGAGCAGGAAUCAUCAGGUUUUUAAGUUUCCUUCAGUAUCAAAGGAGAAUCAAAAUGAGUUCUCUGAGGCAGGAGCAGGUGGAGAAGAAAUACGACCCACUCGAUACCACGCUGAAGUUUGUCGACAGGAGGGACGACUUGGACCCAGUGUCUUCAGAAGAUGGUGACGGCGGCCUCAGAGCAGAGAUGUCCUGCGGCCACGCGGUCACCCCUGAAUCUCUAACACUGUGGUGUAGCAGCCAGUUGGAUGAGGGGAAAUACAAAUUCAGAUGCCCUGCAGUGGUAGAGGGCACCAAACUGUGCAACAAACUGUGGUCGUACGAGGAAGUGCGCAGACUGGCUGAUUUGUCUGUUGAGGAAAUGCAGCACUUUGAAGAGACCAUGGCCCAUCUGGCUGCUGCAGAGUACUAUGAGGUUCAGCCAUGCCCGCAGUGCAAAACAUGUGUGGAGAGGAGGGACCUGUCCAACCUGUGUGUGACGUGCACCAUAUGUACGGCCGAUCAGAAGAAGGCCUACCAGUUCUGCUGGCAGUGUCAGAAGCGGUGGAAAGGUCACGGCCCUCGAUCUGACCGCUGCGACAACGACGGCUGCACCAACAGGGACUUGGAACUCCUGCAGACGUGCAAGACCAUCAGUCUGCCGGAGGUGGAGGGCGCCACCGCCUGCCCCUCCGUCCGAGCCUGCCCUACAUGUGGCAUAAGGGUGGAACAUAACCAGCAAUACUGCAAAAAUAUUAACUGUCCUCGCUGCGGCGUGCAGUUCUGUUUCAUCUGCCUGAAACUAAAGCGUGAAUGCUGCCAGACCAGUUCACCAUACAAAAUCUGUCCCAGUGGUGUGGCUCCCAGACAGACCUCGAUCCCUGCCUGGAAGAGAAAAUGAAAACAAAAAAUGGUCUGUCUUUACUUAAUGGGCAAAUAAGCAAUACUAGAUAUUUAAAAGAAAAUAUGAAUAAUGAGAAAUCAACAAUAAAAGCAGGAUGAUUCUAUUCUAUUUACGAUAUACAUAUGUUGUACCAACGGACAUGGAAGAUCAUUUUUACUUGUGACCCUACUCUGCCCCCUUCUGGUCAGAUAUUAAACUGCACAUGACAAGAAGGGUCAGUAUCGAUUAAAGGUGUUUUAUUAGACUGUAUUUAGAUCAUUUAUAAUGUUAGGUCAUUUUCAUAUCUACAAAAACAUUAUUUUUCUUUCACAAAAGAUCAUCUAAGAAUAUAUUUACUAACUUCAUCAUCAUCAUACCUUUACGUUCUUCUUUUUGUGCCUUUUCUUUUUCUUUACAUUUACGCAGAGCUCGCUCUAGACAAGUUUUGUGCCGACAGAAAAUGUCAUAUACAGUUAUAAGUGCUUUUGUGUCAUGGCUCAUUUUUUAGUGCAAUGCGGCAAAAUUUACCUCGUAAAAUGUCCUUGAAAUUCAAAAAUGUGAAAUGUGAGAAAUAAAGCUAUUGUAAAAAAUAA